UCUGGAGAUAUGGACCUUUUCCCGGGAAUGCCAAGUAAUAUUAGUGUGGACGACCCCGCCGUUCGAAAUGCCACACUUGCUGCAGUCUAUAGAUACAACAACGCAUCCAAUGAUGUCUACCUGUUUAAAGUCCAGAGGAUGCUAGAUGCACAGGUGCAGAUUGUUGCUGGUCUGAAGUAUCUACUACACUUUGAUAUCGGAAGAACAGUCUGUCGUAAGGAACAUCCAUACAACUUCAAACGCUGCUCCUUUCAAACAAGCCCGUCGCUGAUUAAGAAAUACGAGUGUCGCGCUGGCGUCUGGGCUGCUCCAUACACACAGAAGUGGCACGUGAUCGCAAUAAAAUGCCUGUGAAACGCCUUGGCUUUGUUGUUCCUCUAACCCACUGCUCCACAUAGUACAUCCAGAAUAGCAACAUCAUCAUCCUGCAAACUAGUGUAGACAAGGUGCAGAUAAUACAACAUACAACAUACAACAGUACAGCACAGGAAGAGGCCCUUUGGCCCACAAUGUCUGUGCCCAACAUGACGUCAAGUUGAACUGAUCUGUACAUGAUCCAUUCCCUGACCUUACUUGUGCCUAUCUAAAAGCCUCUUAACCACCACUGUUGUAUCUGACUGCCCCACUACCCCAGGGAAUGGAUUCAAGGCCUCCACCAUUCUAAAACACUUUCCUCCUCUAACCUGACAGCUAUGUCCUCUAGUGUUGGACAUUUCUAUCCUGGGAGAAAGGUUCUGACUGUCUAACC